ACGUGUAAUGUUGAUCUGUUAGCCAGGGAAAAGAAAUCGUUACCGUUAACGAGGAGCUGUUGAACGCAACAUUAACUUGAUUUGCACGUCAGGAUGCAACGCUAACUUUCUGACGCUUAGCCAGGUCAAGCCUUGCUAGUCAUUACUGUGGCUAAAGGAAAAGCGUCGACAGCCUGAUCCUUCUACGCUAGCAGCUUCAUUGUGUUUAAUUGCUUGAAACAACUCAUACAUGACUUCAAAAUGGUUGUGGGCGACGUCCAGUUACUGAACAACCUCAAGGGAAAACGCAUCAAACUGACCCUCAAGAGUUCAUCUUGUUGCCUUGGCGUCGUCGAGCGCAUCAAUCCCAACAAAACGUUGAUUUUGGCGGACGUUAUGGGAGCCACUGAUGGUGGUAACGUUACUUUUCACCCCUCAAAACUGUUCUUCGGGCACCAGAUUCUGAAUGUGGAAUUUACCAAAGAAGCAAACACUGACAGUGGAAAUAGUCAUGACCCCAUACUUGAAGAGCACUUGAAUGUGGAAAAGUUUCAGCCAUACAGGAAGACGAUCACAUUGGAUGAUGAUAAAGAUGAAGAAGAGUAUAUGAACCUUGUAGUCAUUGAUGAGUUUCAUGAGAAGUUUGUACCUGCUGUGAUGCACAUCAAGAAGCAGCGUGUGAUCAGUGUGGGAGCUGAAGGAGUCGAGGUGUAUAAGCAAGGGAGACUGUGUUGGCUGCAGAUUGCCACUAAAAACAAGGUAUACCUAUUUGAUAUCCUGUUACUCGGAGCCCGGGCUUUUAAGAAUGGUCUCUCCAUGAUCCUGGAAAGUAAGCACAUACUGAAGGUCAUUCACGACUGCAGAGCCAUUGCUGGAUGUCUGAUCUCUCAGUUUGGAGUGCAGCUAGUCAACGUCUUUGACACACAGGUGGCAGAUGUCCUGUGCUUCUACUCCGAGACAGGAGGUUUCCUUCCCAACAGAGUCUGUACUCUGCAAGAGGUGGUGAGUCUCCAUCUGAAGGUGCCCUCCUCCCAGCUCUUAUCCCUUCAGAUGAAGUCACAGCUCACCAAGGAAGAAAGGGAGAUGUGGCAAAAACGGCCCUGUCCUGCAGCCCUUCUUAAGGUGAUGGCUCUGUCAGUGAUCCACCUUCAGCCACUCAGACUGGUGCUGCUGGACACUCUUAUGACAGACUACAUGGCACUGGUAGAUUCAUACAUCAACAGCAGUCACUAUGAACCUGAUUACUUGGAGCAUGUCAGCAUGGAGAGCAUGUUGGAGUUGCCCAAAGAGCUCAGGCAGCUGGAGAAAAUGCGUCGGGAGCGGCAGAAGUGGGCUGCCGAUCGCUACCCUGUCACGGAGCACGGUCUGCUGGCUCGAUUCAACCCCCGAACGCAGUCAUCAUCCCAGACCUCGCCUGCAGCACAGAAGCAUGGCCAGACACAAGCAGAUUCCUUUAAACCUGCAACUGUGGAAUUGCCUCCCCCAACACAAGUGGACACACACAAGCCACCUACGAGCCCUCCAACAGUCCCUAGGGUUUUGUCUGUGAAUUUCCAUGCCUCCCCUGACCGAGCUGCCCAGGCUUCAGUCCCGGCCACUGUGUCAGACCUCAGGAAGCAAACUUCUGUUAACAGUCCCCCGCCUCAAGGUGUAGGCAGAGGGAGCACAAAGAUACAAAGGGAAACAAUAGCUAAAGGAAGGCCCUUUGGGAAAGAGCAGUCAUCUGUCCUGGCCGCUAUAGGAAGAGGCUUCCAUCUCCAGAUACCACAAUCUCAGAUCCUCAGAGAGAGCAGUGGGGACAUGGAAACUCCUGGUAGGAUGGGAAUGGCACCUCCAUGCCCCAACUAUACACUUACCCAAGAAGUGAUGCCCCAGCCAAGCCCCAGUGCAAAUGACCAGCCAAAGGACGUGUCUGGUUUAGCAGGAGACAAUUUUACACCAACACCCCAGUCCCUCUCCUCUUUUCUCAGGCUGUCAUUCAGGGCUUUCAGAUAGUGCCACUAAGCCAUACAAGGACAUGCCAAGUUUCCUGCCCAAGUUUCCUGUUACACUGUUUGUGAUUUCCUGGUGUGACCACUAGAUGGCAGUAAUCUUCUGUUUUGCGGAAAGGUUAGUUUGAAACCAGGUAUUUUGAAAGUUCUUCUUAUCCCCAGUGCAUUACAAACUGACGCGAUGGGUCUUGACCAUGCGUCCAUAUGUGACAAGUCAGGGAGUGAGAACGGGUUGGUUUGGGAAAAAGAUUUUGUUGUUUGCACGUUGCAUGCCAGUUUACUUUUCUGUUUCUAUUGUUUGUGACAAAACAUAUUUUAGUCUGUUCCUUUUAUUUGUAUUUUUGUAUUAAGUGUUCUGUUUAUCUAGAGCCAUAUCAACUUUGGUUUGAUUGAGUGGUAAUUGAUUGCACUCUUCACAGUAACAUCUAGAUGACCUGUAUGAUAUUAAAAAAACGUUGUUAAAAAUUG